UCAUAACCGCGUUGUACAAAGAAAAUUCAAUACUCGGUAAAUUGGUUCGGUACAAUCCCACACACCUUCUCCACUCCGUGACAAUUGCUUUCUUCAUCUUCUUCUCCGUAGCUCUCUAACUCUGAGAGUCUGAGUGAGAGAGAGAAGCGAAAGCAACAAUGGAGGUCUUCUACUACUUGGUAUUUGGAGCCAUGGCUGCCGUAGUGGCAGCGUUGGAACUGAGCAAGACAAACAAGGAUCGGAUCAACACUUCCUCUUCCUUCAAUUCCUUCAAGAACAAUUACCUCGUCGUUUUCUCUAUUAUGAUGGCUGGGGAUUGGCUUCAGGGUCCUUAUGUGUAUUACCUCUACAGCACUUAUGGUUUCGGAAAAGGAGAUAUUGGUCAGCUAUUCAUUGCUGGUUUCGGCUCCUCGAUGUUGUUCGGAACCAUUGUUGGAUCUCUGGCUGACAAACACAUAGUACCUCGAAAGUCGAAACUAUCAUUUCAGGACAGGAACUUUGAGCAACAGUGGCUUUCACUGACAUUCUCUAAGGCUGUUUUCCUUGGGAAUGGUCUAGUGGCUAUUCUCUCCGGGUUGUUUGGAAAUCUACUUGUCGACACGUUUUCCUUUGGUCCUGUUGCUCCCUUUGACGCAGCUGCUUGCUUUCUUGCAAUUGGAAUGGCCAUCAUAUUGACAACAUGGUCUGAGAAUUUUGGAGAUCCAUCUGACAGCAAAGAUCUGCUGACUCAGUUUAAAGUUGCUGCCAUAGCAAUUGCUUCAGGCAGGUUCAAAUUUAGCAUAAAAUAUCUAUGUUUCCUCGCUAUCUCUAACACAGUCUAUGGUGUUUUUUCAGAUGAAAAGAUUGCAUUGCUGGGCGCUAUUCAAUCCCUGUUUGAAGCCUCAAUGUACACAUUUGUUUUCCUCUGGACACCAGCUCUCAGCCCAAACGAUGAAGAAAUUCCACAUGGCUUCGUCUUUGCAACCUUCAUGCUGGCGUCGAUGUUAGGAAGCUCCCUUGCAGCUCGUCUCAUGGCUCGCUCGUCUCUCAGAGUCGAAAACUACAUGCAAAUCGUCUUCCUAGUCUCUGCUGCUUCUCUUCUUCUUCCCAUUACAACCAGCGUCUUGGUGACGCCAUCAAAUGUGAAAGGCGAAGGGUUGUCGUUAACUUGCUGUAUUCAGCUACUUGGUUUCUGUGUUUUCGAGGCUUGUGUAGGAAUUUUUUGGCCAUCGAUAAUGAAGAUGAGAUCACAGUAUAUCCCUGAAGAAGCACGAAGCACCAUAAUGAAUUUCUUCCGUGUUCCGCUCAAUAUCUUUGUCUGCAUCGUCUUGUACAACGUGGAUGCAUUUCCGAUCACAAUCAUGUUUGGUAUGUGCUCAAUCUUCCUCUUUGUAGCAUCUAUAUUACAACGGCGACUUAUGGUCAUCUCCGAGAAGCCAAAGGCAGAAGAGUGGAGUCCAAUGAAGGAGCGAAACUCGGAAGUUGAUCCUCUUAACCUCUGAUUAUCUUCCACUCCAAAAGCUCGUAAUUCUUAAUUUCAUUUUUUUUUUUUUGUGUUUUUCUCUUUUUAGUUAAUUGAUUCGCUGAAUCAUAGAGAAAAAAGAAAAAGAAACAGUCAAAAUGAAGAAAGGCAAUGAUAUGCUGUUAGCUUUUACGUGCAUGGUUUAGUGCUGGUUAUUAUUUUCUUAGGGUAUGUAACUCUAUUUAGUAUUUUAACUUUACGCAUAUCUACUAAUUACAUCAUUUUUUUUAGUAGCAUUCUAAGAGCAACCCCAAUGGUAACACCACUAAAAGGAUCUUAAUAAUUAAUUAUUAAUAUUUUAUGUAGUUUAUGCGUAUAAGAUACUUUGUAGAAUUUUGUUGUUUUUAAG